ACAGGAAUUAAUAAAAUGGUGCUUGUUAAAGAAUCAUGUAGUAACACUAAUAUAUAAUACUUCAUUGAUACGAACAAGUGGAGAACUGGUCAUCACGCCUUAAUUACCUCCUAGCAAUUAUAAUAAUUGUCCAUGUGGACAAAUAAACCGUAUCGCGUGGACAGAAUAAGUUUCUCUAAAUGAGUAACUCUAAUAAGCUAAGUGAAGCAAUAUUUAACGAAGUUCCAGUAUGUUUCUUCGACUACGCGUGUCGUUUCCAUAGAUACCAGAAAGUAUGGCCGUUCGCUUAACAGUUCAUGAGUGACGGCUGGCACGAGUAGCUGGAAUCGAAACGUUUCUCAAGUACUUCUCCAAAGUUUCAUUUGCAAUUCAAACGUGUUUCCUUGCUCGUCUAUAACCUGAAGCCACAAUUAAUAAGGAAUGACAGUACUACUACGGUCGAAGGGAAUGAAUAUAAGAUUACCUUAGCUGUGGUAAAUUGAAGACCUCUUUGACGCCAUGUGAGAAGAAAUAACAUUACGUAUAAUGGCGUCUGAUGAUGACUCCGUAAUACUACGUUAAUGAUUCGUCGGAGAAGCAAGGAUUUCUGAUAAGAUUGAUCCUGUUAAAUUGCCAAAAAUUGAAAGCAGGAUGAAUCGGUAUAUAACAAUGAAUCAGCUAGGCGAUGGUACCUUCGGUUCUGUCGUCCUUGGUGAACGUAUUGAUACAGGGGAGAAGGUGGCUAUUAAGAGAAUGAAACGAAAAUACUAUUCUUGGGAGGAAGCGAUGAAUCUACGUGAAGUUAAGUCUCUGAAGAAGCUGAGUCAUGCCAACGUAGUGAAGUUAAAGGAAGUUAUUAGAGAAAAUGAUGUUUUGUACUUUGUAUUUGAAUACAUGAAGGAGAAUCUUUAUCAAUUAAUGAAGGACAGAGAGAAGCUAUUUCCUGAACCUGUUGUUAGGAAUAUGGUUUACCAAGUCCUGCAGGGUUUGGCAUUUAUGCAUAAACACGGGUUUUUUCAUCGUGACAUGAAACCAGAAAAUUUGUUAUGCAUGGGACCCGAACUUGUUAAAAUAGCAGAUUUUGGAUUAGCAAGAGAAAUACGAUCACGGCCACCUUAUACGGAUUAUGUUUCAACACGUUGGUACAGAGCACCGGAAGUAUUACUGCAUUCGACAACCUACAACAGUCCAAUAGACAUAUGGGCGGUUGGAUGUAUAAUGGCAGAACUCUAUACAUUUAGUCCACUAUUUCCUGGAAAGAGCGAGAUAGAUGAGAUCUUUAAGAUCUGUUCUGUUAUCGGUACUCCCGAUAAGGACGAUUGGCCAGAGGGUUAUCAAUUGGCAGCAGCGAUGAAUUUUAAAUUUCCAAACUUCACGCGGACUUCCUUAAGCAUUUUGAUACCAAAUGCUAGUCAGGAAGCUGUUACACUAAUGGAGGAUAUGCUGCAGUGGAAUCCAACAAAGAGACCCACUGCCCAACAAUCGUUAAGGUAUCCAUAUUUUCAAGUGGGAGGGCCGAGAGUAGUCAGUAGUAAGAAAAUUGGCGUAGGAUCUCAGAGAGAGAUUCUAGUUAAUAGAGUUAACAUGGCAUUACCACAACCUUCACCACCGCCACCCCAACUUCCGGCAGCACCGGGCAUGUUGCGGCAACCGAUAUCUUUGAGCGACUAUGACCAGACGGAUGUCAUCGUUGGCGGGACGAGUUUACGACCAUGUAGGGUAUCGGAAAUGGUACCGGUACAACCGCGACAGCAGCCAGUGUUGCCGUUAUUAAAUCAUAACGAACGUAAACGUGAAAAUUCUGUGAAAUGGGACGGCGAUGGAAUUAAGGAUAGUCUCGAGGAUGAUUUUGCUAAUCUCCUAGGAAGUAAAAUUAUCCCGGACAAUUCAAAUGGCAAGUACCCAGUCCAUGAGAGAAUAUCUAAGGAGAAUCGUGCCAAUUGGAAUGGUAACUAUCCUAACAUAGAGAAUCAAAAGCAAACAAAUGCCAACUGGUCCCUGCCCAAUUGGUACGAGCAAGCUCCUGCGAGAAACUGGCGUCAGUCUCAAACAAAUUUGAAGAGUACGCGUAAAGUCUCAGCCAAGCAACAUUAUCUCAGCGUGGCUCGGUACGUCGCAGGCCAGAGCACAAAUUUACCUUCCAGAAAUGGCGACGGAGACUCUAAUAGAUCUGCUUUAAACCAUUCCAACAUCAUAGUCAAUGGUACGAGUGUACUUCCAUCAGCAGCUCCAGACAAGUUGAAUGGCUUCGCAGACUCUUUUUGGACUCCUCGAGAAACUGUGGAUACUUUAAAAACAGCCAAACAACAUUAUAUGACACGUAGUCGUUACGUAUCCGAGCCAAAUGCCAGAUUGCCCUACGCCAGUGUCUAUGAGACAAACGCAGCUACAAACAGGACCGCAGGAUUACAGUCCAAUCUAUUCGGCGGUGUCCUGAAGACAAGGCCAACUGCUGGUCUGCAUGGACGUACGGAUUGGGCUGCUAAAUAUCUUAAAUGACCUCAAGCAGAAUCAUUAUCCAAUGGUAAUUCAUAUAUAGAAGCAAACGACAAUCGUCAAUUCGCCAAUGGCGAUGCGUAUCAAACUGUGAUAUAAAUGUCCUGACGACGUGACCAAAUACCUGAUUAUCCAUAACAUAGGAUAUACGUGGUUUUUACUAUCAUCAUCAAUUUGGAUAUCCAAUAUUGGUUUAUCUCUACGAUCGUCAUAGGACCUGUAUAACAUUUAACGAACCAGUAUUUCCAAACGAAUGAGAGAAUGAAUGAAACGAAAUGAAUGGUUAAGAGUGACUAAGAGAGUAUAUAAUCAAACUUAUCGCAUAUUUAAUAUCUGUGUCAAAUAAUUCGAAUUGGCUAUAUGUAUUUCUAGUUUUCUUGAAGAGAGAAACUUAAAAGAAUACUCUCAAAGUUCCCUUUUCGGAAAAGAUUAUAACCAGCUGGUAUUAUUUUUAUGUUAAAAAUCCAAAAGACAGCCAAUCGAAUCGUAGUUCUAGUAUGGAAGAGUAAUGGUAGUGCCGAUUACGUUGUAAUAGUUGUAUAAGAUAUUACGCAUAUAUAUGUAUAUAUACAUACAGAUAUAUUUAUUAUUUGUACAUACUAUAAUAAGUUCAAUGGGAAGCGAUCGUGGAUGUUUUCAAAAAUUGUUAGUCAUUUUUCUUUUGAUUUUUUUAAAAAAUUUGAAAAUCCCAUUCACGGACGACACCAACGUUAGGAGAUUUUAUUUUUCACUUUUCAGAAACUCGUGCGUGUCGCCUGCGAGGGAUGUAAAGUUCUAACAAAAAUUAAUAAGAUAAACAAAAAAAAUAGAUGAUAAACUCUUGCUCCUUCCAAAAAAAAUUACGUUUUUCCAUUUUCCUCGCGAUAUCUCAAGGACCAUUCGACGAUCCUUUCCCACGGCACUUAUUGUUAGACACAAUGUUCAGAAAUAGGGCAUUGCGACGAAAAAUAUAAUAUACAAUGAAAAGAUU